ACGGAUCCUACUCGACACUCGCUUUUCAAAAUCUUGUGAUGUCUAAGCGACCGCACGAACUUACGCCUGCCCAAUUGGCGGUUGCAGACGAGCGCAAGCGCAAACGAGCGGACCAAAGGAAGGCACGAACUGAGACUCUCUUUGAUCCACACCGUGGUCGUAUCGUUGAAAGAAAUUGGGUCAGUCUACCCCGGGCCAAAGGUGAUACCAGCGAAAGACGCCAUGUUCGAAUCAAAACUUGGAAUUUGCUGGCUCAAUGCCUCAUUCGUCGCGAGUUGUUCCCGACGAGUGAUUGUCUGAAAGCAGCUCAACGGGAACACAUGACAUAUAAUGAACUUGUGUACGGGGACCCCGAUAUACUUUGCCUGCAGGAAGUCGACCGCCUGGAGAAGAUACUCCCCGUUUUGGAGAAGGCGGGCUAUGCACACCACUAUGCAGCCGGGCCUGGAAAGAAACACGGCUGCUUGAUCGCCUUCAAGUCCGACAUGUAUUCCCUGCGUGAUCAUAAACUGCUACUGUUGGACGAGCAGGACGUUCGAGAACAAAAUUCCGAAUCAGCCAGAAAGGGCCGUUCGUUCACGACGAAGAACAUCGCGAAUCUUGUGGGUCUGACCCGUACCGGAAGAGGUGAUCGGCAAGGCCUUAUCAUCGCUACUACUCAUUUGUUUUGGCACCCAUCGUACACAUACGAACGGGCGAGGCAGGUAGUUGUGCUGAAACGUGAGGUCUUGGCGUUCCGUGCCGCGCUCAAAGCGGACUCGUGGCCUUGCAUACUCAGCGGAGACUUUAAUUUCUCGCCGGACGACCCCGCAUAUUCUCUGCUUGUAGGCGAUGCAGUUCUCCCGGCUCAGGAGGCUCGGCUUGAAGCUUCUCGUGUUGUGCACGUCUCCGUUGACCCAUCCGUACCAAUUACAUCAUCCCAGGCAAUCCCAGAAGAUGACGAAGGCGCGGCUACAGCGGAGAAAGACCCCGACAAGAUAAUCGUGAAUGCCCGAGUGGCAGUAUCCGGCGAUGGGUUAUUGUCGACCCCUGAGCUCGCGAAGUUCGCAGGUGGUGCUCCGGUUAGGAGCGCGUACGAUGAAGCUCAACGCCAGCAAGCGACUAUCAACCCUUCAUUCAUCGUUACCUGUGGUUCGAGGUAUGGGCUUGAAGGUAGGAAGGGCUUUUACGAACCGCAAUGGACAUCCUACACCCAUUACUGGAAGACAGUUCUUGAUUACAUUAUGGUCAUAGAUGGUGAACAGUCUUGCACGGUUACUGGCUAUCUCCAGUCUCCUAGCACUGACAGCCUCGAGCCGGGACUACCCAAGCUGGGUGUAUGCGCAAGUGAUCACAUAUCUUUGAUGGCAGAGCUGUCAUGGCCUGAUGCAUAGGGCAGCAGCUAGCG